AUGAAAAGAGCCAAAAAGGUGAUUGCACAGGAGAAGCUCGAACACAAUAAAACGGGAGGCGGAGUCCCCAUCAAGCUGAAAGUUGCUCCACAUGUCGCAAUUCUAUUGGAUAAAAUAGGGGAAAAACCACGUUUGAAAGGGCUUCCAUGCGCGAUCGAAGUUUCUGGCGACCAUGCUUCAACUCAACCUUCCUCGUCGAAACGACCUGCUCAGACGGAUGACGAAAUUAACCAGCCUGCCCCUCUAUUGAACAAACUUUCAUCAUCAAAGUCACCUCCUCAAUGGAACAACGAGUCGCAAUUAAGUUUGACUGACACGGAAAACGAAGUGUACCCCGCCAACAAAAACACGCUCGAGAAAACCGAGAGAAACGGAGGAAAGAAAGUAAAAACUGAGCCAAUCUUCGAGCAUCCAAAUUUUGACGAUUAUGAGCAUUACGCAAUGCCGGUAGAACUGCAUAACGACGCUGAGAAAGAGAAUAGACCACGUGAAAAAAAGAAAUCAGGAAGAGCCAGCGAAUUUGAAUAGGAACGCAUUCAGUUGAGAAUCAGGAACGAGCAGCUGACCGGCGACCUCUUGUAUCUACAAAUUGAGAACGCAAAGCUCCAAAAUGAGAAUUUGCGUCUUAAGAAUGAGAAGCUGAAGCUGGAAAUAAGCAACGAGCAGAAGCGAGGCGACUAUCUGGAUCAAGGUGUCAUCAUAAGCACUUAAGUAAGCAGCUGUAUUGGAAGUAUUCAAGUUGUAUUGGAAUUUUAUGAGAAUUGAAUCCGUACUUGCACGAGUUUAUUGAAAAUAGUGAAGUCAUUGAAGUUUUUCUAUGUACGAGUAUUUCGCAUACCUCUGCAAUUUAUUGUGG